GCGGCAGCGGCAGCAUGUCGGCCGGCGGAGCGGCAGUCCCGCCGCCCCCGAACCCCGCCGUGUCCUUCCCGGCGCCCCGGGUCACCCUGCCCUCCGGCCCCGGCAUCCUGCGGACCUCCUCGGGCGCCUUCGUCUGCCUGGAGAUUCUGUUCGGGGGACUCGUCUGGAUUUUGGUUGCCUCCUCCAAUGUUCCUCUACCUCUGCUGCAAGGAUGGGUCAUGUUCGUGUCCGUGACCGCUUUUAUCUUUUCCCUCAUCUUCCUUGGUGUGUUCCUCUCUGGCAUGGUGACUCAGAUUGAUGCCAAUUGGAACUUCCUGGAUUUUGCUUACCAUUUUACAGUGUUUGUCUUCUACUUUGGAGCCUUUUUACUGGAGGCAGCAACCACAUCCCUGCACGACCUGCACUGCAAUAGAACCAUGGAUCUGCAGCCGCUCUUGAGUGAUAACCAAUAUAACAUAAACGUAGCAGCCACAAUUUUUGCCUUUGUGACGACAGCUUGUUAUGGUUGCAGUUUGGGUUUGGCUUUACGAAGAUGGCGACCGUAACACUCCUUAGAAACUAACUGUCUGUGUGUUAGUUUCAUUUGUCUACUUUAUAUGUCUGAUCAAUUUGGAUACCAUUUUAUCCAGAUAUAACAACAUUCCAAAAGUAAUUUGUUUAGUAUAUGAAGAGAAUCUAAGUACAAACUUUGGUUCAUUUCAUGGAUGGAAUUUUAAUUUUAUUAUGAUGUUAAGCAGAGAAAUGGCCUUUAAUUUUACAUCUGUCUCUUUCUUUCUUAUUUUUUCUUUGAAAGAAAAUUUCCCUUUAUAGCCAUAAAAUAUACAGAUAUUGUUCAUAAAAAAGGGGUAUCUCUUCGGUUUAGUUGCUGAGUCACCUGAAUUUUAAUUUUAAUAGGUAACUAAAACUCCCUAAAAAAAAACACAUUUCAAAUAGGCUUCCUGCUGAACUCUAUCUUUUAGUAUAAAACAGAGAUUGGCACCUUUUUUCUAUAAAGGUCCAAAUGGUAAAUAUUUUAGGCCUUGUGGGCCAUACAGUUUCUGUUGCAACUACUCAGCUCAGCUGUUACUGUAUGAAAGCAGCCAUAGACAAUACGUAAAUGAAUGAGUGUAGCUGUGUUCUAAUAAAACUUUAUUUACAAAAACAAGCAGCAGGCUGGAUUUGGCCUGUGGGCUGCAUGCUAUUGUUUGCCGACCUCUAAUGUAAAACCUCAGUUAUGUGUUCUGUAUUUUAUUGAAAUCCUGAAAAGUAUAAAGUUAAUUAGACAAGCCACAUAAUUAUGCAAUAAUCACAUGACCUUUGUGUUAAUGAUCAAAUACUUCCCCUAGAAAGGGUGUAUAGUUUCUCAAGCUAAUUCAAGCAGAAUGUUGGAUACAGAAAAAAGUAAUUUAUGAAGUGAACCCUAGUUGCUUAAUCAAACUAAAGGUCUCCUAGUAACUGAGCAAAACUCUCAUCUGGCAUCCUUAAAGUGAGAUCUCUCGAGACCAUUAACCACUACUGGAACUGGUAUCUAGCUACUUAUGUCUUACUUUGGAUUUAUUUAUGCUUCAGGAUAUAGCUGUUUGCCCUGUGCAUGAAUAUAUGAAUAUUUGUGUGUGGAUAUGUGAGGUUUUACCAAAUAGAGCUCUUUGAAGAAUUAACUUUUUACUUCUAAUUAUUUUACAUUACUUUCGGAGUUACAUUUGAAUAGAGUAUUGAAUAGAACUUAAAGUUGUAGAUUCUUACAUGUUUUGAUAAUAGCCCUCACAUAAAAGCCCUGACAUCUAUGUUGUUUUUCAUUGGUGACAGAGACACAAAAUCAGUUUUAAAACAACAGUCAUCACAAAAACUCUCUCUGGGUGAAUAGCACAGAAAAGUAUUUUAACCCACCUGUAGAGACCUUGGUCAUGGAAAGGUGCCAAAAUGAAUCAGAGAACAAGUUAUUGUUAGUCCCCA